GACAGUGUGUGAGUGAGGGGGACAGGCAGCCAAUCAGCUGCUGCGCUGCUCCCUGCGCCCUCCUCCUCUGCUACUCUGCACCCACAGCUGCGUCAAGCUUCAACAACCGAACACGUUCAUCUCAUCCAGCUCCUGCACCAGCGAUCAUGUCUCAUCAGGAAGAGUUUGAGAAGAUGGCCGAGGACGUGAAGAAGGUGAAGACGAAGCCCAGCGACCAGGAGCUGCUGGACCUGUAUGGGCUUUAUAAGCAGUCGAUGGUUGGAGACGUUAACAUCGGUCAACCAGGAAUGUUUGACAUGAAAGGAAAAGCCAAGUGGAACGCCUGGGACUCCAGGAAAGUUCAUCCAUUUGCUUCUGAGAAAGAGUUUAAGGCGACUGUGGACAUUGUGAGGAAAUUCCAAGAGGGUGUUGGUAAAGAGCUGCACCAGAAACUACUGCAGAGAGCCAGGACGAAGAAGAACUGGUUGGAAGAAUGGUGGUUAGACGCAGCGUACCUGGAGGUCCGCAUCCCCUCUCAGCUGAAUGUGAACUUUGGAGGCCCGGCGCCGUACCUCGAGCACUGGUGGCCUCCUGCAGAGGGAGUUUACCUGCAGAGGGCCAGUAUAAGCACGUGGCAUGCACUACAGUACUGGGACCUGAUCCGCACCGAGAAGCUGGCUCCUCAGAAAGUUGGAAAAACGGCAUUAGAUAUGGAUCAGUUCCGAAUGCUGUUCUGCACCUGCAAAGUGCCCGGAGUAAAGAAGGACACCAUCCGUAACUACUUCCAGACAGAGCGCGAGGGUCUGUGCCCCUCCCACUUGGUAGUGAUGUGUCGUGGACGGAUCUUCACAUUCGACGCACUUUGUGAUGGACAAAUCCUCACUCCUCCAGAACUUCUCAGGCAGCUGAGAUAUGUGAAGGGGCGCUGUGAGGGAGAGCCAGAGGGAGACGGAGUCGGGGCUCUCACCUCAGAGGAGAGGACUCGCUGGGCGAAGGCCAGGGAGCAUCUAAUAAGCAUUGAUCCGCACAAUAACACCAUCCUGGAAACCAUUCAGAGCAGCCUGUUCAUCGUAUCUCUGGACGAAACCAAACCCUACUCCACUCCAGAGAACUACACAAAUGUGACCAAGGAAGCACUUAAAGGAGACCCCACCAUCCGCUGGGGAGACAAGUCGUACAAUUCAAUCGUCUUCUCAGACGGCACUUUUGGAUCAACGUGUGAUCAUGCCCCAUACGAUGCCAUGGUUCUGGUGUCUCUGUGUUGGUAUGUGGACCAACAAAUCAAAGCUACAGAAGGCGAAUGGAAGGGCUCAGACGCAGUCAGACCCAUGCCCCUUCCUGAGGAGAUGGUUUUUACUGUGGACGAGAAAGUCCUCAGUGACAUCAGCCAGGCCAAACAGCAAUACCUGGAGACUGCAAAGGACCUGCAGAUUGUGUGUUACGCCUUCACUGCAUUUGGAAAAGCAGCCAUCAAACAGAAGAAGCUGCAUCCUGACACCUUUGUUCAACUGGCGAUGCAGUUGGCCUAUUACAGAAUGCACAAAAGGCCCGGUAGUUGCUAUGAGACAGCAAUGACCCGCAAGUUCUACCACGGCAGGACGGAGACGAUGCGACCCUGCACCCAGGAGGCUGUGAACUGGUGUCGAGCCAUGAUCGACCCCUCGUGUGAUGUUAAUGCCAAGAGGAAAGCCAUGCUGCUGGCCUUCAAUCGACACAACAAGCUAAUGGCUGAGGCCCAGAAUGCAAAUGGUUUCGACAGGCAUCUGCUCGGGCUGUAUCUUAUUGCUAAAGAGGAGGGACGUCCCACCCCAGAGCUCUUCAUGGAUCCCCUCUACACAACGAGUGGUGGUGGUGGUAACUUUUUGCUGUCGUCCAGUCUGGUGGGCUACACCACAAUUCUGGGGGCUGUGGCUCCCAUGGUGCACGAGGGCUACGGCUUCUUCUACCGCAUCAGAGACGACAGGAUUGUGAUCUCCAUCUCAGCGUGGAACUCUUACCGCCCAACAGACGCUGCAACACUUUUUAACCACUUCAGCAGCUACCUGCACCAGAUGCUUCACCUGGCCACCACAUCUCAGCUUUGAAGACACAUAAGUGCUGAACUGAAACUCAUUUACACAUUUGCCUUUUACCUCUGUGUCUCAGUGUGAGCAUCAAUGCACAUUCGGUUCACAAACCUUCAGCUCAUUGCCAGAUAGCGAGCAGAUCAAUGCAAAGACACGGAAUCACAGAAUCAGUAGUUACCUCUAGGGGAUAUUUACUAAUGUCACAAAUUAUGUUUUCUAUUUCUUUUUGGGCGAGUAAUUUAGUGAAAUUGUUCUUCCAGGUGUAUAUAUAUUUUUAGUAUUAUUCUUGUACAUUUUAGAAUAUUUAAAUGUUGAUUAAUCCAUUUUGAAGCUAAGCUGAUGAUGUUUGCCCUCAGUGGCGAACGAUUCAACAGACACUGAAGCUCUUCUACACAGAACUGUGAAAAAGAACUGCUGCUUUCACUCUUAGGCCUUGGAAUCUGCUGUGAUAAUGAUGUACUAAAGGGCAUUCCAAUAAAACCAAUAAAAAAGAAAUAUGAAAGAAAUUUAAACAAAA